AACUACGAGUGAAAUUUCCAGGGCAGUAAAUUCAAUUGAAUGGGAACAGAAAACAAUUGAUCAGAUUGAGGAACGACUUGUGAGACGUCACUUAUGUUGAUAUUUACAGUUCUCAGUUCUCAGGUUGUGUUUCUUCUUCAUAAAGUGGAUUGUUAUUGAAAGAUAUCGGAGCUGAUUGCAUUGGGUUGUUUUCUACUGUCAAUCAGCUGACGAAGAAGAAGAAAAGGUGAAGUGGAACUAUUGAAUUAGAGUGACAGAUUAAUUUGGGGAGAUCAACAUGUUGAUUAGAAGAUUCUGCAAUUUACUGAAAUCUCCGGGACAUCGGCAUCUUGUCGCAAGGAAUUUAAACCUUGUUCCGAUCGUUGUGGAGCAAACGGGUCGGGGUGAGAGGGCUUAUGACAUUUAUUCGAGACUUCUGAAGGAGAGAAUUAUUUGCCUCAUGGGACCAAUAACAGACGAUAUAUCAUCGUUAGUAGUCGCUCAACUUUUGUUCCUGCAAUCAGAAAGCAGUAAAAAGCCCAUUCAUCUGUACAUAAAUUCUCCUGGAGGUAGUGUAACAGCAGGACUUGGAAUUUAUGAUACAAUGCAGUACGUACUGCCACCAGUAGCAACGUGGUGCGUUGGACAAGCGUGCUCGAUGGCGAGUUUACUGCUGGCUGCUGGGGCCCCUGGAAUGCGCCAUUCAUUGCCCAAUGCUAGGAUUAUGAUACACCAGCCGUCUGGUGGAGUCCAAGGACAGGCUACCGACAUUCAGAUACAGGCAGAGGAGAUUUUGAAGCUUAAGAAACAGAUCAAUCAACUUUAUGUCAAACACACCGGACUUGAACUGCUUAGGAUAGAAAAUAGUAUGGAACGAGAUAAAUUCAUGUCGCCCGUGGAUGCCAAAGAAUUCGGAAUAAUAGAUAAAAUUCUGGAGCAUCCACUCCAAGAAAAAGACGAAGUGGAUGCCACAAGGACGACGGUGUGAAAACUCGAAUGUUAAUAAACACACAACAGCAAAAAACAUUGCGGUAAAUUGUUAAUGUUUAAUAAUAAAAUAUUUAACCAUAAAAAAUGUUAUAAA